AUGUCCGACGCAUCGAACGAGAAGCAUGUGGUUAUCGCACUUUGUGGUUCGGCGAAGAAGAAGCGGCAGUCUUUCGACAAGCUGCAGCGGUAUUUGGAGGAUGUAGGAGCAGCACGCAGCGGCAGCGAAGGCUGCGGCGACGUACGCUUUACGUUUUCGUUUCUAGAAAUGCACUACGACGAGGUGGAAAAUAAAUUCUCGACAGUGACCAGGGAGGACGCGGAUGUGGUGCUACACAAAAUAAGUACGCUGCCUCCCAGUGCCGUGGGCGCCCUGCGUCGGUGGUGUGUCGUGGCCUCGAAGGAGCGUCGCCGCAGACACCUCCCGCCCGUUAUCCUCGUUGACCCUGUGGAGAAGACGCGGCUCGUUUUGCGGCGCUCGCUGAUUUACAAGCUGCUGGGCAGUCAUUUGAAGCGGCCCUUCUGCCAAAUUCCCUGCUCGUGGUUGUGGACACGCGACGAGGUAUCGUUGGUGCCUCUUGGCUUUGUCUCGCUUGGGUUGAACGACGAGGAGGCCGCGGGAUCCCCGGGCACGACCCAACAUCCCCCCGAGAGGUGGUGGAUGGCGAAGCCGGACCUUAGCACUGGCCCACCCUUCACACAUCACAUGGUCAUAUGGAAGGGCGUCCAGCCGAAGUCAGACCUGCCGGAAGAGGUGCGGUGUCUGCUUCCACCUAGCGGCAAUGCCUUUGUAGUGCAGGAGUUUUUGUCGUACGCUCUUCCCGUUGUUAUCAAAGUGUACUGCAUUGGCAGUCGCGUGUUUGUGAAGGCGGUCUCGACCACACCGCUGCUGCGACGUGUCUUGUCUGGCAUGGGGGCUCCCGUGUUUGUAGAUUCACAAAGUAAAUUUUUAAAUGAAACCGGCUGGGAGGAGGAGGAGGCGUGCUGGAGAAGCUACCUUGCAGAGGGAGGACGCGCCCACACACAGUGCAGUCAAAUCGCCAAAGUUUUGUUUCAGGGGCUGGGGUUGACGUUGUUCGGGUUUGACCUGCUGUUGACACCUGAACACGGGCUGCAGCAGGGUAGCACUUUACCGGCGGCACUCUCUAUAUCACAGAAAACGUCGCCACACACUAUAUUGCUUGACACAUCACUCUUUGAUGUAGUCACGGGUGCUCCUUCAGCGCUGCUUUGCUCCGCCUCCCCAGUGCUUAUUGAUGUGAACUACUUUCCAGGCUUCGCGGGAGUAGAAGAUGCUGCUGAGCAUAUGUUGGAUGCCAUCAAGGCAAAGGUUCUGGAAGCUUCAGUGACGCACGUAAGGCCCGUCUUGGAAAAAUUGGCCCUCGACUGUCACCGAUGCUGCUAA